AUGAGUAGCAGUUGUACAGAUACAUCAAAUGAACAAUAUAAAAUAUUUUGGCUUGAUUAUUUCAUUUCAAUUGGUUAUAUUGAUAGUUCAAGUUCAUAUAAUCCUUAUGCACCAUAUGGCAAAUGUACAACUUCAUUAUUAUGGAUAACUUAUCUAAUAAAUCUUGUUCAUUUUUUUCUUCUAUCCAGUGGUAUUCUUUAUUUGUUUAAUUUUCAUCAAAAUAAAACUGGAUUUUGGUGGCCAUUUAUAACUUGGAUUUUAGCAUUUGUUUUUCUUAUUGUAUCGAUUAUUUUCUUCAUAAUUUGGAAUUUGAAUACAAAUUUAUUUUCAAUUCUAAUUAUUGCUUUUCAAUUAUCCGCUGUAAUUAUUUUAUGGAUUUCAAUUUUUGUUGUCGUUCCAUUUGCGUUUACAAUUGAAUAUCGUUAUCAACGAUGUUUAUUCUUAUCUCUUAUUCUUUUAUUUUUGAUUCAAAUUGGUUGUUUAAUAAUACAAACUCUCUUUACAUUACAUUGUCUUUUUAAUCUCAAAUUUGUCUCAACAUCUUUGGAUUAUGCUUAUUGGUCAGCAAUCAUUGCUGCUAUUGGUACAAUUAGUUCAACUCUUUUAUUGGAUCAUAUAUUCAUGUGGUGUCGAAGCCUAGGAGAACCAACAAGAGUUAGUCCUGCAACAACGAAUGAACAAAAUCAUCACACUCAUCAGACUCAUCAGACUCAUCAGACUCAUCAGACUUAUCAGACUCAUCAGCCUCAUCAGACUCAUCAGACUUAUCAGACUCAUCAGCCUCAUCAGAUUCACCAGAAUACUCGUCAAAAUCGACCUACAUCACCUAUUGACCCAGCAAUAUUGGACGAUUUUCAUCGUCAUCCAGAAGGAGGUUUAUAUCAUAUUUAUAGUAGUACAGAUGGAACAAGACAUUUUCGUAUUUUACCAAGCAAGCCACAACUGAAUGGCGCCAGAACCAGUGUGGUACGAAUACGAAACUUUGGUAGCAAGAUCAAUGAACAUAAAUUAUAG